CAGCGAUCACAACCUCCUGCAGAAUAAUCAUCGUCAUCCCGAAAACCAACUAUGUCAGGUGAUCAAGCUGCGUCCUUCAUUAUUCCUAAGCCCACCACUGAUCUUUACGACUAUGUGGGUCUCAUACGCCACCCUGAUGGCACCAUCUUACGAAAACCCGCCGCCCAGUUCCCGGAAAGGGCAGCCACACCUGAUCCCAACCAGUCAACUGAUCUUGUUCUCUCCAAAGACAUACCUGUUAACCAAGCAAAGAAAACUUGGGCUCGAGUAUUCAUGCCUCGCGAUGCACUAGAUUCCUCCUCCUCCUCCGCAACCACACCACUACUGCUUCCUCUUAUUGUGUACUUCCACGGCGGAGCAUUUACUAUGUCCUCUCCGGCUAGUUUCAUGAUUCACGAUUUUUGUUUCAAUAUCGCGUUACGUCUUUCCGCUGUUGUUGUUUCCGCCAGUUACCGUCUCGCACCCGAACACCGCCUCCCUGCAGCCCACGACGACGCGCUGGAAGCGCUGCACUGGAUCAAAACUUCCGAAGAUGAUUGGUUGAAGAAACACGCUGAUCUUACCAAGUGUGUUGUCAUGGGGACCAGCUCAGGUGGUAACAUAGCCUACCACGCUUGUCUACGAGCAGCGGCAAACGUGGACGAUCUUAGGCCGAUGAGGAUCAAGGGUCUGAUAAUGCAUUGUCCGGGGUUUAGUGGGUCCGAGAGGACUGAAUCGGAGUUGAGGAUGGCCCACCACGAAUAUUUGCCUGCUGCUUUUUUUGAUCUAGUGUGGGAACUUGCCCUGCCAGUGGGCGCUGAUCGUGAUCAUGAGUACGGCAAUCCGACAGUGAAUGGGGGAUCAAAGUCGUUGGAGAAGUUUAAAGAUUUGGAUUGGAAGGUAUUGGUUACUGGCGGCGAUAAAGACCCACUGAUAGACCGUCAGAUUGGAGUGGCUAAGAUGAUGGAAGAAAAAGGUAUAAAAGUGGAGACUCGUUUCGUCGCAGGAGACGAUCACGCGGAAGAUGCACUCGAUCACUCCAAAAUGGAUCUACUGCUUCAUGCCAUGAAGAAUUUCGUCUUCUCAGCAGUUACUGCUGAAUAAGUUGUUUGGUCCGUUUGGUGAUAAUGAUAUUAGUGGUAUCCUAUGUACCCAAUAAAUUGGAUGAUAAUACCCGAGUCUAGUUGAAGUAAUAAGAAUAGUGUAGUAUGUACCGUGUAUCAUAUUAGGUUCGAAUUCUCUUCUCCGUUUGAAAAAAUAA